UCAUCUUUACCAUCAUGCAACACUUAUAGUAAGAUUAAAUUGGCAUAUUUUUAAUUUAAUCAUGGACAGUGAAAGGGAAUGCAGAAACGUUUCCUUCAGCAAGAUAAAAGUUCUUUCACGGGCUAAGGCGGGUGUAGAAAACCUCCUAGAAAAUUUCAAAGACCUUAUGGAAUGCACAGAAGAUAACAUUGGUCAAGAUGGAUGCCCCCCAUUGCAAAUGGCCAUUGGUGCAGAAUCGGAGAAAGCACUGAUGAAAGUCGAUGAGAUUAAAAGUCUCAUCAGUGAUUUAGAGAAAAUGGUUUUUGAUAAUAAUGAAGGAAGAGCCGAAAUAAAAAGAAAGAUGUGCAGCAAAAAAGCAACAAUUAAUACAUGUUCAUUGGAAACAGAAGGAAAGAAGUUGACAGAUGAUGUUAACUGGAUAAAGGCAAUAGUGACGAAGUUGGAUUGCCAAUUCCAAGAAAUGAAGGAAGACAUAAAGGAAGUGAAAAUGGACAUCAGUUCAUUAAAGAGAGAAACAAAAGAAGUGAACUCAAAUUUGGUUCACGUCAAAGAAGGCUGUAAAACUUAUGAAAAUAGGACGGAUGCCAUGCAGCACAAUCAAUCUGUGAUCAUUGAUGCUCUUCUUCUGGAGCGCCAGCCUCGAAUAGGAAACACUACUCUGAUGUAGAUUUGGGGAAAGAGAAGACUAAGGUCUAUAAAAAAAACUUUGAAAAAGUGAAAAUUUGGGAAAUAUGUACACGCGACAUAAAGAAGGAAGUUCACAUUGGUUCAUUUUUGACCCUGUGAAUUUCUGAAAAAUAAGAAC